AGACCAGUGUUGGAAGAUGUCGGUGAUGAUGAUAUCGACAAUAUGGAUAUGGAUAUUGCUGAGUUUGAUCCAAGUUUGAGGACUCCGAUUGCACCAGCAAGAGCAGCACCAACGAUUACCAGAUCACAAGAUCUGGAACCCCAAGAACCAUCGAUGUUCCCAAAUUUGGCGGAUCUUGCACAAAUGGGGGGUCAACAAGGAAUUGCGCCAUCAAAGGGGAAUGAUAUAUUGAAAUCAGAUAAGUUUACUGAUGAAGAACGAGAGCAAAUUAGUAAAUUUCAAAUAAUUUACCCAUGUUAUUUUGAUAAGAACAGAUCUCAUAAGGAAGGAAGAAGGGUUUCUGUUGACAAGGCAGUUGAAAAUCCUUUAGCUUACACUAUAUCGAAUGCUUGUAGGAAACUACAAAUACCAGUUUUACUCGAACUCGAUAAGAAUCAUCCUCAAGAUUUUGGUAAUCCAGGAAGAGUUCGAGUUUUGGUGAAAGAAGAUGGUAGUCCUCAAGGAGAGUUUAAAAACAAAAGAAGUUUAUUUAAUGCUAUAGCUGAUUAUUUGAAAAGUAAUCCAACUACAUUACAAACAAUUGAUCCUAAAGGUAGCAUGCCAUGUCCAAGCGAAUAUGAACAAGACUUCACUCCUGAAGAGAUUCCAAGAGUUAAAGGUUUCAAGAUGAAUACUAUUGUACCAAUUCAUUCUAAUUUGACGAUGAAGCAUCCAAUGACUAAAAGUAUAUACGAUCAAAAGGCCCCAGCCCAACCAAUAGCUGGUGAAAAUACUCCAAAAGCUCCUAAGCAAAAGAAAAAAAUCAUGAAAAUUAGGGGUUAAUAAUUAUACCUUCACUUCUUUUCUAAUGUACUUUAAUGCAUUAUUUUAUAAUUGAAUUUAUUAUAUAU